UAGAAGUUUCUCUUUCGCGUGGACGCUGACUUGAACGGGCAUUUAAAGCCUCAGCAGCUCACAAACUCUCAGAAAUUGUUCCUCAUCGACGAGAACUAAGAACACAAACAAAAUGGCAGAUGAAGAAGUCGAAACCUUCGCCUUUCAGGCUGAAAUUGCUCAACUUAUGAGCCUCAUCAUCAACACCUUUUACUCAAACAAGGAAAUAUUCCUUCGAGAGUUGAUCUCAAACUCAUCUGAUGCAUUGGACAAAAUCAGAUACCAAUCCUUGACAGAUCCAACUGUCCUUGACACAGGCAAGGAGCUGCAAGUUGAAAUUAUCCCAAUGAAGGACGAGAAGGUCCUCAUCCUCCGUGAUACCGGAAUCGGAAUGACCAAAGCUGACCUGGUCAACAACCUCGGAACAAUUGCGAAGUCCGGAACGAAAGCGUUCAUGGAAGCCCUGACUGCUGGUGCUGAUAUUUCUAUGAUUGGACAAUUUGGUGUCGGUUUCUAUUCAGCUUACUUGGUAGCAGAGCGAGUCACUGUCAUCACCAAGCACAAUGAUGAUGAGCAAUACAUCUGGGAGUCAGCUGCUGGUGGUUCAUUCACUGUCAAAAGGGACACUGAAAAUGAGCCACUGGGGCGUGGAACAAAGAUCAUCUUGCACCUCAAGGAAGAUCAAACUGACUUUAUUGAAGAGAAAAAAGUUAAAGAAAUUGUGAAGAAACACAGUCAGUUCAUUGGAUAUCCCAUCAACCUUCAGGUUCAGAAGACCCGUGACAAGGAAAUCAGUGACGAUGAAGCUGAUGAAGAGGAAGACAAGAAGGAAGAGAAAAAGGAAGAUGAAGAAGAUGAUAAGCCAAAGGUUGAAGAUGUGCCGGAUGAUGAAGAUGAAGAAGGAGACAAGAAGGAUAAGAAAAAGAAGAAGACAAUUAAGGAAAACUACAAUGAAAUGGAACAACUAAACAAAACUAAACCACUUUGGACCAGAAACCCAGAUGAUAUCACCAAUGACGAAUAUGCUGAAUUCUACAAGAGUUUGACAAAUGACUGGGAAGAUCAUAUGGCUGUGAAGCAUUUUUCUGUUGAAGGACAACUUGAAUUCAGAGCAUUGCUGUUUGUACCAAAACGUGCACCAUUUGAUCUGUUUGAGAAUAAGAAGACCAAGAACAACAUCAAGCUCUAUGUGAGACGAGUUUUUAUUAUGGAGAAUUGUGAAGAACUCAUUCCAGAUUAUUUGAACUUUAUUAAGGGAAUUGUCGACUCGGAAGAUCUUCCACUGAACAUCUCAAGAGAGACACUACAACAAAGCAAGAUUCUGAAAGUCAUUAGGAAGAACUUGGUGAAGAAAUGCCUCGAGUUGUUCAUCGAGAUCUCCGAAGAUAAAGAUAACUACAAAAAGUUGUAUGAGCAGUUUGCAAAGAACCUGAAACUUGGUAUCCAUGAAGACACUCAAAACCGAAACAAGAUUGCAGAUCUUUUGAGGUAUUCAAGUUCCUCUUCUGGUGAUGACAUGACAUCUUUCAAAGAUUACGUCUCAAGGAUGAAGGAGAACCAAAAGGAUAUCUAUUAUAUCACAGGUGAAAGCAAGGACAUUGUCGCAAAUUCAGCCUUUGUUGAGAGAGUCAAAAAGAGAGGAUUUGAAGUUUUGUACAUGGUUGAUCCAAUUGAUGAGUAUGCUGUCCAACAGCUGAAGGAAUAUGAUGGAAAGAAGUUGGUUUGUGUUACAAAGGAGGGACUUGAGCUUCCGGAAGAUGAAGAUGAGAAGAAGAGACAGGAAGAAUUGAAGGCUAAGUUUGAAGAUCUUUGCAAGGUCAUGAAAGAGAUUUUGGACAAGAAAGUGGAAAAGGUAGUCGUUUCAAACAGACUUGUUGAUUCCCCCUGUUGCAUUGUCACAAGCCAGUAUGGUUGGUCCGCAAACAUGGAACGAAUCAUGAAAGCCCAAGCACUUCGUGACACAAGCACCCUUGGAUACAUGGCAGCCAAGAAGCACCUGGAAAUUAAUCCUGACCAUGCCAUAAUGGAGUCUUUGAGACUGCGAAUUGAAGCAGAUAAACAUGACAUUUCCGUCAAGGAUCUCGUGAUGUUGCUCUUUGAAACAUCAUUACUCUCUUCUGGAUUUGGAUUAGAAGAUCCAUUCACGCACGCAAGUAGAAUCCACAGGAUGAUCAAACUUGGUUUGGGCAUCGAAGAGGAUGUUGCAGGAGUUGCUGACGUCUCAACUGAAGAUAUGCCACCAUUAGAAGCUGACGAAGAAGAUGCUGACCAACAGAAAAUGGAAGAAGUCGACUAAAAUGCCUCAAUUCAUUCAACCUGUCGAGACACAUCUGCCAUUUGUAAUGUCUGCCUCCCAUAAUCCCAAUGUCACAGAAAUUUGGAACUAGGCCAAUCAAUUCUAUUUGCCAAAAACAUGUUCUCCUAUUCAGAAAAAUUGGAUCCCAAGAGCAAUUUGUGCACCCGCUACAAAUCUUGAUACCAUCUUAUGAUACAAAUAUUAUAUCUUUAGUUCCAGAUUUUGUGUCAUUGGGAUUAUUUGUGCCAGGGAGCAGUGAGCAACAUGCCAGGGACAUUUUGAGCUUAAUUUUCGUAUCAAAUUUAAUAAUAAUAGUUUGAUGUAAAUUAAGUUUAAAGGAUAGUUUUCACUCUUCCGUGAAAGAUUUGAGGUGUAAUGUUCUGAAGAAAAACUUAUGAUCUUACACUGGAAACUGUUUUGUUUUGUUCUGUCAUUGAGGAUACAAAUUUAUAUCAAGAUUGCCUUACAAAA